AUGGCAUCAGGAGCAAUAGAGAACAAACCUAUAGACCACAUCAAUAUACCCUCCUCAAUCACGUCUCAUCCUGAGAAUCCUAUUCCUGAAGAACCAACUGGUGUACCCCACCUAACACUCCUCCACCCAGACUCUGUUGCUUCUCUUGAACCAAAGUCGUCAGUACCCUCUUUGAUUGCUGGUUCAGAAGCCUCAAGCGACUCGGAAGCUCCCGCCACGCCCUUGACAGAGCUAGUCCAUGAUGAAAUUACCGAGGGGAUUGAAAAACUAAAGCUACAAGGGAAUUCCACCAUAUCCCCCAAACCAGCUGUUCACAGAAGACGGGCGUCGACGGUUCUUAUUUCCCAAAAUUCAGAUGAUGUUCAGAAAAUCCUCGGAAAUGUUGGGAGCGCCGGCACAACUCGAAUUGAGAAACUUUGCUGUGGCGGCGGGUGCUGCAAACUCCAACCCCUCAGGAAACCAUCGUUGGCAGCCGGAGCAUGGCCAGUCAUCCCACCAAGCAACGACGCUUUUGAGAGCCUGCAACUGUAUCUUGGUACUCUAUCUCAUGACAGCGAGCUCACAAGUAUAGUUGAAUUGCCUGAAAAGACAGCUUCAUUUUCCGCGGUACCAACGGAGCUGCUAGACAAACAGUUAGGCCCAAGUGAUCACCCACCGAAGUACGUUCAACCGCAUCCUCCUUACGAAGUCUACCGCGCUCCACUUAGGCACUCCAGGGAAUUGACUAGGCCUGGUGCUGAAAAACGAACGUUUCAUUUUGAUAUCGACGUUACGGAUUACCCAACGGAAGGAGGAGAUGUUGACUUUGUCGUCGGGGGGGCAAUUGGAAUUUGCCCUAGCAAUAGCCGUGAUGUUGUUGAAGAUAUUUUUAAUUGUCUAGGUGUCCCAAGACUUGUACGAGAUAAGAAAGUGGUGCUUCACACUACGAAGGGAAGAUGGCCAACUGUUUGGGGCGACGACAAACCAAGAGAUUUAUUGACUACACGGCGUGAACUGCUAUCCUGGUGUACAGAUAUACAGAGCUACCCGCCAACGAAACCUUUGCUACGACUAUUAGCAGAGUACGCAUCGAACAAAGAUGAAAAGAAAAUAUUGAUGUAUAUUUGCUCUGCCCAGGGCCAAGGGGCUUUCUGUGAUCUUCGCACAAACCAGCAUAUUACUGUCUCCCAGCUCCUUCAUGCAUUUCCCUCUUCUCAGCCCCCUUUGGACCAUCUUCUCUCAGUUCUGAACCCUCUCAUGCCGCGUUUCUAUUCUCUUUCUCAGGAUCCUCUCAUAUCCCAGACCGUGAAUGAUGGGAAAAGCCACCGUCUCAUCGAAAUAGCCGUUACCCUCCAUGAUUCUCCAGACUGGCGGGGUGGAAAGCGAAACGGAGUCGGGUCCGGCUUCUUGCAGCGAAUCGCACAGCAGGUCAUUGAUGCAGAGAAAGCUGGAACCGACGUAAGCGCACUUAACUUGCAUGUUCCAAUGUUCCGUGGCCUCAUGGCCAACCCGCUUGCCCGAGAAUUCGUCCUGGAUGGCCCAAUGCUGCUUAUUGGCGCUGGCGUGGGUGUUGCCCCAUUCCGUGGUUUCGUUCAGCGACGCUUGAAAUCCGCAAAUUGUGCCAACAAGGUCUGGGUGCUACAGGGAAUUCGAGAUUCUUUACUUGACGAGCUUUACUCUGGCGAAUGGGGCGUUCACGAAGAGACUGUCAAGAAAGUCGUUCAAAGCAGACGUGGAGAAGGUCGUUAUGUGCAGGAAGAAGUGCGCAACCAGGCAGAUCUUGUCUGGUAUGUGAUUAAUGCACUUGAUGGCCGUGUUUUUGUUUGCGGGAGCAGCAAAGGCAUGGGCGAGGGCGUCGAGGCGGCUCUGCUAGAUGUCGCCAUGGCCAAGGGCAACCUGAACCGCUCUGAAGCCCAGCAGUUUUGGAAUGGCAAGAAAGAUGCCGGUCAAUACAUUGCAGAAACAUGGUAG